AUGCAACCCAUUUUCGCUUUGAAUAAAACCAGAUUUCAACUGAUUACCGUAACCACAGAGUUGUUUAGUAGCCUUAAUGCCCUGUUUGCUACCUGUGCUGAUAAUUCUCUUUAUUCAAGUCUGUAUCAUCAGUGCAAGUCCCUUUACAUAACUUUAGAAUGUCUUCCAAGUGGCUUUUGUGUGCCUUCCUUGUCUGUCACUGGUGCUGAUGUGAGAAGUGGGCUCGGUCCACAUCACACCUUGUCACCUGUCACUGUUCAGCACUCGAUUUCUGGAAUCUCUGCAAUCAUUCUUACACCUCAUAAAAAUAAUACAGAUAUUUUUGUUAUACUUAGCUAUCCCUGUUCGCAGUGCUGA